AUGGUAUGUAAAACAACAAAAGAAAUAUGGGAUUUACUAGAAAUAACCCACGAAGGAACUCAUGAAGUUAAACGUUCUAAAAUUGAUAUACUGCUUUCUAAAUAUGAACGUUUUGAAAUGGGUUCAAAAGAAACUAUUCAAGAAAUGUUUACUCGUUUUAAAAAUAUUACUAAUGAAUUAGUUUCUCUUGGUUCCUUAAUAACUCAUGAGCUUCACCUAUCAAACAAAAGCCAAGAAAGUUCAAAGAGCCGAGGAAUUGCUCUAAAGGUUGUCCAACCAAGUGAAGAGGAUUCCGAAUCUGGAGAGGAAGAAGCUGCCAUGCUAGUCAGGAAGCUAAAAAAGUUGUACCGCAACAAAAGGUUUGGUGACCAAAAGAAAAGGAACUUCGAGAAAAACCAAUAUUCCAAGGAAACUGGAGGAUGCCACAAAUGUGGGAACACAGAUCACUUCAUCAAGGAAUGCCCUCUCUGGGAAUCAGAAAAAGGAAAAGGCAAAAUGAAGGAACACGGAAAAUCUAAUACUCCAAACUUUUCAAAAUCUGAUUACAGGAAAGCCAUGAUAGCUGCGUGGGGAGACACAAGUUCCGAGGAUGAAGAAGAAUCCACGGAAGAAGAGACGGCAAACCUGUGUUUGAUGGCUAAACAUAGUGAGUCUGCUAAAAAGUCAGAGGAGGUAAAUCUCGAACCUAAAUUUCUGAAAUCUCUGUCAAAAGACAAAUUAAUUUCUUUGCUCAUAGAAACUUUGGAUGAAUAUAAAGAAAUAUGUCUUAAACUUGGACAAAAUGAAAAAGCUCUAGAAAUCUAUAAGGAUCAUAUGAAAUAUUUGAAUAGUUCAAGAACAGAUGUUCAGGGAAGAUUCUUUGAUUUGCUAGAUAGAAACUCUAUGCUAAAGGAAACAUUGGAAAGAGUCAAAAAUGAAAAUAUCAUGUUAAAUAUUGAUUUGACUCAGUAUAAAUUGUUAUGCACUAACAUUGAUUCUAAUAAUGUUCUUCAAUUGCCUUUAGUAACCUUUAAUGAUGAUCUUGAAAAUUUGAAAAAAGAAUUGCAGGUUACUAAAGACAAAAAUGAAUCCCUUGAAAAGGAUUUAGAAAGAGCUAGAAACAACAAAAGUGCAAUCCACAUGGGAGUUCCAAAGUGGAUAUCUGAAGCUCAAACCAGAAGGACAGAGGGUUUGGGUUUCAACCACAAAAAGAAGAAUAGUGGUAAAAAGAAAAAAUACGUGGAACUCCCUAGUGAGACUGUGUGUUCCUUCUGUGGCAAGUCAGGACACAAAGAUACUGAUUGCAAAAGAAAGGAACUUAAGUCCACUAAAAAUAUAGCUUAUGUAUGGCAAAAGAAAAAUGAGUUUGCUGUAUCAACAAAGGAACCCAUGAAAGAUGGGGUUCCUGAAUCUAACCCUUACAUCAUUCAGAAUGACACUGGGAAAGUUUUGCUGGAAGGAACUCGGAAAGGAAACACUUAUACAGUGGAUCUCAAUACAGUUCCGAGGAAUAACUUAACUUGCCUCAGUGUCAUUGAGGAUGAUCCUUUACUGUGGCAUAAACGUUUUGGUCAUGCAAGUUUCUCUUUGAUUGAUAAGUUAAGAACAAGGAACUUGGUAGAGGGACUUCCUUCAAUCAAGUUCCUACAUGACAAAAUUUCUGACGCUUGUGUGAAAGGAAAGCAGGUCAGGACAUCCUUUAAAUCCAAGAAGAUGGUGAGUUCCACAAAACCCUUAGAGUUAAUUCAUAUGGAUUUAUGUGGUCCUAUGAGAAUUCAAAGUAGAAGUGGAAAGAAGUACGUCUUAGUAAUUGUUGAUGAUUAUUCUAGAUUUACAUGGGUUAUUUUUAUGUCUAGUAAGGAUGAGACUUUUGACGAGUUUGUUACAUUUUCAAGGAGAAUUCAAAAGUCCACAGGUCAUCAACUGAUACACCUUAGAUCCGAUCAUGGCACUGAAUUUGAGAAUUUUAAAUUUGAUGAUUUAUGCAGGGAACAAGGCUUAAGUCAUAAUUUCUCAACUCCAAGAACUCCUUAG